UGUGUGGUUUUUUUUUUUCAGGUUGAGCACGAUGAAGCGAACGAUGAGAUGAGUGCUUAUUUUGUGGAUGAAAUACCGCCGAAAGUUCUCAUCACCACUUCACCAGCUGCAAAAGUGAAUACUUUCAAAUUUUGUUACGAAUUACAAAAAUGCAUCCCAAAUGCCGGAGUGUACACACGUAAAGGAGUGCCGCUGAAAAAAGUCGUGAAACAGGCCAAAGCCAGCGGAUACACCGAUCUAAUCGUGGUACAUGAAGACCGGAAAAUACCAAGUAAUUUCCUCUUCCUCGAUUAUUUCACCUUCGUAUGCUCUCAUAACAUGGAAUGUAUCUCCCUUUGGUUGACGGUAGCUGAAAUUGAACAACAUUCGUUAUUCCAGAACCUCCGGCCAGGCCUACCAGUUACGGGAGUAAUUGUAGAUCACUUCUGUCACAUCUUCUGCUUUUUCAACGUGAAAAACACUCGUCGUUAA